AUGCUUGGCCUCUACCAUAACUCUGAUCUCUGGAGACCGCCCGAACGCCUCAGUGUUCCCCAGAAGCAGAAGCAGAAGCAGAAGCAGAAGCACAGGCACAGGCACAGGCACAGGCACAAGACCCAAGAUUACGAGCUUCUUGGCCCAACGUCUCAAGACUGCAAGAGAAAGAGAGAGGUGGGUCUGAGGUUGGGCUGGUUUGGCAACGGGGCAAAUCAUGACAGAACCAAGAGAUAUCUGAGACUCGCUACUCACUCGCUCACCUGCUGGAGAAGGCAAGGCCCAGCCAGGGAAACGGAUGGCCUUGGCAAUUCGACGCACUAG